UAAUGUACAAGUUUUGCAUCGAGUUAUAUUUCUGCAAGCGGUCUUUUUUUGCAGGGACGAUGUUCUGAAAAUAAUUUUGUGAGACUUCCUGAAAAUAUAAUUAAAGAUAGAGUUGUGGAGGAAAAUAUAUAGUAUUUUUAAUUAUAGCAGUGCAUAGUGGCGAAAAUGUCAAAAAAAAUGUCACGAUACCCCAGCGACAGAAAGGUAUAUGUUGGUGAUUUGGGCAAUAGUGCUAGGAAGAAUGAUUUAGAAUAUGCGUUUGGCGCCUAUGGAACUUUACGAAGUGUUUGGAUUGCACGCAACCCGCCAGGCUUCGCAUUUGUUGAAUUUGAAAGUGCCCGAGAUGCGGCAGAUGCUGUGCGCGGUUUAGAUGGACGGACAGUUUGUGGUCGCCGUGCAAGGGUAGAAUUAUCUACAGGAAAGUUUGCUGGUGGUGGUAGCGGUCGAGGAGGUGAUCGACGUGGUAUGCGGGAUCGUUCUCGUAGAAACAAUUCAGAUGAUAACAAAUGCUAUGAAUGUGGAGGAAGAGGACAUUAUGCCAGAGAAUGCAGACGUCGUGAUAGUCGUAGAGGUAGUCGUCGUCGAAGCAACUCCCGAAGUCGUUCUCGCAGUGCUUCACGCAAUCACAGAUCGCGUUCACGCAGUGCAGCUUCGGCAAGCCGAUCACGUAGCCGGAGCCGUUCGGUUUCGGCGAAUAAAAGUUCACGCAAGUCACGAGAUGUCGCCUACAACAGUAAGUCACGUGAGAAUGGACGCAGCACGACGGAGAAUGGCAGCACAUACCAUCGGUAUAGUGAGGAUGAACGUAAUGGCGGCACCGGUGCUGCCUCACCAUCGCCAAAACGCCGUUAUGAUGACUCCGUAUCACCGUCGCCAAGACGUAAUAUAUCGACAAAACGUAAUCGACGAGGCGAUUCAACACCAUCAAGAUCUAGUUCACGCAGAGAUUAGCAGACAUCCGUUGUGACAGUAACAGUAAAUACAACUAAUAGACAUUGAGCAGCAGCAUACACGCUCGAUCGCAGUGCAUGAUUAUAAAGUUUUACUCCUCUCCUUCAUUUCAAUCAAAUCGCUAUUAAAAUCCAAAUAGUUGCAAAACGAAUUCCUAAAAUUCGAAUAUUAUGCCGUGUGUCGUUUUAAGUAGACGAAGAGUUGAAACUUUUUAAAAAUACUUGUAAACUGAAAAGACUUCUGAGACUACGUUAAAUGGAUAACUUCAUGGAUAUUCAUUAAUUGUUAUGGAGACAUAAAAUAAUGUAUUUACCACAAAUGAACAACAAUAACAAAGUCUGAAAACAUCUAAAAAACAGCGAAAUAACAAAAAAAAAAGUUCACACAACAUACAUAAAUACAUACGUUUGUAUUUUUUUAUUUUAAUAUUUUAUAAGCUACUCAUCUUAAGCAGUAGAUUUAUUGAAUAGGUUAAACUAAAUUUAAGCUCAUUUCGAUUGAAUGCACAUCAGGCCCGAAACGCUACCACUGUUUACAAACAUACGAACAUGUUACGCGCCAAAUAUUUCAUAAUUGCAUUUUGUACAAAAAUUGAUUUGUCAUGAUUUCGUCUAAAAUUUUCAAUAAAUGCUGCACGUAUUGGUUGAUAUAAAAGUGCAAGAGUACAAUUUA